AGAAAGCAGGCAUUUCAUCUACUCACUCAGAGAAGUCCCUACAGCAACCAUGGCCACCUUUGUGGAGCUCAGUACCAAAGCCAAGAUGCCCCUUGUGGGCCUGGGCACUUGGAAGUCUUCCCGAGGCAAAGUCAAGGAAGCUGUGAAGGUGGCCAUUGAUGCUGGCUAUCGCCAUGUUGACUGUGCCUAUGUGUAUGGGAAUGAGAAGGAGGUGGGAGAAGCCAUCCAAGAGAAAAUCAAAGAGAAGGCUGUGAGGCGGGAGGAUCUCUUCAUCGUCAGCAAGCUGUGGCCCACCUUCUUUGAGAAAAGCCUGGUGAAGAAAGCCUUCCAGAAAACCCUCUCAGAUCUGAAGCUGGACUAUCUGGACCUGUAUCUAGUUCACUGGCCACAGGGGUUUCAGGCUGGGAAUGAGUUAUUACCCAAAGACAAUAAAGGCAAAGUCCUCAUGAGUAGAUCCACAUUCUUGGAUGCCUGGGAGGCCAUGGAGGAACUGGUGGACCAGGGGCUGGUGAAAGCUCUGGGUGUCUCCAACUUCAACCACUUCCAGAUUGAAAGACUCCUGAACAAGCCUGGACUGAAACAUAAGCCAGUGACCAACCAGGUCGAGUGCCACCCUUACCUCACCCAGGAAAAACUGAUCCAGUACUGUCACUCCAAGGGCAUCGCUGUCACGGCCUACAGUCCCCUGGGCUCCCCAGACAGACCUCAUGCCAAGCCAGAGGAUCCCGUAGUAUUGGAGAUUCCCAAGAUCAAAGAGAUUGCUGCAAAGCACAAGAAAACAGUAGCUCAGGUUCUGAUUCGGUUCCAAGUACAAAGGAAUGUGGUGGUGAUCCCCAAGUCUGUGACGCCCUCACGCAUACAGGAGAACAUUCAGGUCUUUGACUUCCAGUUGAGUGAGGAGGACAUGGCUGCCAUUCUCAGCUUCAACAGGAACUGGAGGGCCUGUGGCCUGUUUGAGUAUGUGGUACCAGUGCACGUAAUGAAGAGGACUUUCCUUUCCACGCAAAAUACUGAAGUUGAUUCGCUUGAUGAGACUCAUGCUCAGUAGAUUCCUUCUUCCUUGUGUGAAACUCUUUCCUCCUGAACCUGAUUUUAGCCAAAUCUCUCUAAAAUCGACCUGGAUGUAGGGUACCAUCUGACAAUGCAGAAUUGAAGUUUUUGUGUCCAUCAAGGAGCAGACUCUCACAGGGAACUGUGACUCCAGAGAAACUAAGGACAAUGGUUCUCACUAGUGAGGGCUGAGCAAAUGUUUGUCAUCAGGAACCCGUGGUAUGGUAACACUGAAGACACGAUGAUUAAAAAAAUAAAAAGU